GCUGACAAAUUUAGCCUGCUGAUCCUCACUGUUGCACAGACUGAGGGCACCUGAUAUCACCAGCAUGAAAUUCCCCACCCUCUCCAGCCUGCUGUAUAUCCUGUUCCUCUGUUUGCUGGCCUUCUCUACAGAAGGUGUAAGACGAGUUAGCCACCAGAAAGUUCUCUGCUGCCAGAAUGCUCCACACUAUGCACUCAAGAGUUUGAAAGGGAGAAAUCCAAAAAUGGGACCACGCCACAAAUUUUGUAAAGGCAGAGUCAGUCGUCUUUGUAAGAGGAUCCCUGGGGCACUUCCUCAGAUAUAACCCACCAGAACUGGAGACCACAGAAGAAGGCAAAGACCAAGGGACCUUCUCUGACCUCCAAGUUAACAAUGCUGCUCUUUGGUUUCAAGCUGAAGCCCCUCACCCUUCAAAGGAGAUUCAUCCCUCUCCAAGCUGCAUCAUGCUGACAAAGAUCAUUCUUGGAUGAACUCCUGCACCUAACUCACAAAGGCCACCCAUUCAGUCAUUGACUCUCAAUCACCCUUUGGCCAGUUGUGUUUGUCCUGCCUAGGGAAAGCUUGAGACUGGAAGCUUCUAUAGCUGUCUGUGCCAAGGAUACACAGAUUAUAGUAUCUCUGUCCCUCUCUGGCAUUGUUACUUAACUGAUCCUGACCUCUUGUUCUUUAUACUUUAAGUUUGUCAUACAUGUAACUAAUGAAUAAAUUGCAGGUUUGAAACGCCUGUGUAGUUCCUGUGUGCUAAACCCCCCAAGAGCAAGUACAAAGAGUUCUAUUACUGGGCAUGUGCCAUCGGACAGCAUCAGCACUCACCUUAUAACUAGCCGUGUUUGAUUUUACUUCCACUAUGCAGGGCUAUGCAAUUUGAGGGCUGGCUGAGGAAAGGGAAUCAUAAUCUGAAGUUGUGCAAUACAGUGGAAUAAAGCUCUGUGUUUAGCACUCUGCCCCUAACUAGAUGUGUGAUAUUGGACUGGUCCUGUAGGUUUCAUCUAUAAAAUGAAGGAUUUUGACUUGGCCUUUUGGGUGUCAUUCAGCUCUGAGGAUUAUUGAUUUCAAGUCUCAAAGACAGAAUUACAAAAUCCUGAGAUUUCAAGGCACUUGAAAAGUCACUUACUUUUGUCCAAAGGAAGGACUCCUUAGAAAGUAAAUUCCACAGUUUCUUCAUAUAACAUAUUCUGACA